CUCUGCCAAUGUGUUUAAUGUAGCCUAUUUUCUCUGGCGCGGCUCUCCCUCUGUCUGUCGGUGUGUCUGUCUGUGUGUCUGUCUGUGUGUCUGUGCUCUGAGGGCAUAAUUUUGAUCUCGUAACCUAUCACCCAGAUCUGCUCUUGUGCAGUUUCAGUGCAGUCUGAUAUCUAGCGCUCUGGCCAGCUGUCGCACUCGGCAUUGCUCCACCAUACGCACACCUAGCCACAGCCGCACAGAGCGCAUCCAGCCAUCCGUUUCCCAUCCAACCACCCUUUCACUGGCAGUCAGCAAGGCAGACCCGGUGGAGACGCCUACUUAAUUCACUCUCCAAACUGGACACAAGAAUCUCGAUCGCUCUAACGCUCCUCCAGCCUCUGGUGAAGAGAGAAAACAGAAGACGUUUUUCUCAGAAAACCUGCGUGUUGGGACCCCAUACAGCGUAGACAACCACCACAAGCAGCAGCAGCACCAUGGCAGCUAUGAAACCAGGGGAGAGGACCCUUUCUUCAGAACCGCAGUCAUGUCCCUCUACGGCAGCAGACCCCACAGAAACCAGGCAGCCCGGGGCAGAGAUGCAGGAGACACUGGUGGACAUGCAGUGCUGUGAGCAGGAAGACCCUAACUUGACAGAGAGGAACGGCCAUAGGAAAAUUAUGGAUAGGAACCAUCAGGGCCCAGUCUUCGUGCCCCAGGGGUUGACUGAGAGGGUCUGGAACCACCCCCCGGCUCCCCAGCAGACUACAACUCCCACAAUGCCCUCCUGCCCCGUGUCUGCCCCUUACAGUUUCUGGAGCCCAGGGUCGGUGGAGAUGGAUGAGAUCAUGGCAGCCAUGGUUCUGACCAGUCUGUCCUGCAGCCCUGUGGUACAGAGUAUUCCUCAGAGUCAGAAUGACCCGGUACCAGGUCCAUCAUCAGGGGGUGGAGACAUGGAGUGUGGGGGCGGGGAGCUUUCGGACAGCGGCAGCAGUGGCUGCUGGAGCUGGGACCACGGCAACCUUAGUCCCGCCCCGUCCCCGUCCAAUGCCGAGAUGGACAGCAACCCCGAUGAAGGACUGCAUAUGGAGCUGGAGGAUGAGCUACACACAGCCACGAGGUCAAAGAGUUCUUUCAGAGGAACAUACAGGUGUCUGUGGCCCAGCUGUGGCAAGGUGCUCACGUCUUCAUUUGGGAUGAAGAGACAUGUCCGUGUGCUGCACCUGGGCAGUGGUUCGGAACAGUCCCCGAGAGAGGAGGACUUCUACUACACGAAGAUCUCCUGCGUAGCUCCAGCAGACCCUUCUCCCAUCUCCCCUCUCCCCCCAGCCCCAGCCCCAGUUCCGGCCUCGUCCCCUCACGUCCCCUGGGCGUCCUGUGACUCCCCUCCAGGCCCUGGUCCAGAUUCCGGUCUCCAGAUCCCCUCCUCCUCCUCCUCCUCCUCAGGGUCAGGGAGCUCCAGGCCCAGCUCAGCCCCAGGCCAGGCCAGACCUCUCAGCCAGUCUGCCCCCAGCUCCUUCUGGCAGAUCCAGACAGACCACCUCUAUCAGGCCUGCACUCCCCAACGGGUGACCAUGUCCUCUCGCAGCCCCACCCCUUGUUGUUGGACCCCUCCCCCUCUCACCGUCUCUAACCAGCACAACCAUCACAACACCCAGGUGGUGACGGGUCGCUGCAGGUCUGUGAGUGUAGGAGAGCAGUGGCUUCAACAGAACAGCGCCACCAACAGGCUAAUCACCAUGAGUGCAGCAUCCCCGUCACGCUCUCACUGCUCCUUCAGGAAGGGGCGAGCGGAGGCCAAAAAGUGUCGUAAGGUGUACGGAGUGGAGCGCAAGGACCAGUGGUGCACGGCCUGCCGCUGGAAGAAAGCAUGCCAGCGCUUCCCAGACUAAACGAGUGCGUGAACAAAGGAUGAUGAAAGAGAGACUUGAAAAAAAAGAGAGAGGACACGAUCACGAUCAGGGCCUGUAAGCCAUCAAGAACAACUUUUUUUAUACCUUGUUUUUUUUUCCCCUCAAGGAAUAAAGUGAUUUCUGUUUAGUUUUUUUAUACGUUGACCUGAGAAGUAAGUCAGUGUGUGAUGGCGGUGCUAGUAGCUACUAGGUUAGACUGUGUUAUGAUGAGGUAGGCCUACAAGGCUCGUCCUUCCUAGCCUGGUACCAGACCGGUUUGUGCUAUGUAGCAUGGCAACGACCAUAGGAGUUAGAUAUACACAGGGAUGGAACUUUUUGGCCACUGGCUAGUAGCCCUGAGUAACAUUCGGGUCCAAAGUAUGCGCCAUUGCGAUAUUUCUAAGAACAAACUUUGACUGGCCUGGUGGGCUAGUGUGGCACAUUUCCUACUAGCCUGAUCUGAACAGUACUAGCGGGCUAGCUUCAUUUCCAUCCCUGGUUGUACUUUUGAACAAGGCCCUUAACCCUUAACUGCUCUCCAUCCAGAAUUCUUCUUCUUCUUCUAUACAGCAAACAUAUCUGUCCCCAGGCUCCUUCCACCUUCCACUGAGAGCAUGUCUCCUCACCUUCCACUGAGAGCAUGUCUCCUCACCUUCCACAGUAUGUUUUACACUCUUCUUGUUCCUUCAAUCUCUUCCUCCAACACUUCAUUCUUCCCUGUGGUCUCUACGGAGGUAAUGGAUACCUGUUACUUCUAUAUGGUGUGCUAUCUAUGAGUUCUUCCUUUGGACUAUUUUGUGUUUUUGUCUCUUUUUAAAGGAUGGCCUUUCUGUCCCACCUGAGAGGUAGGCAGAGGUUUAUGUCAUGUUUUGGCACAUUUUAUUGAAAUGUAUUUUACAAGGAUAGUGAUGAAUAUGCUACAUUUGGUUUGACUCGUUGUGGUUUGAAUCAAGUCAGUUCCUUCCAUACAGGAUUUUACUCUUCCCCGUCUUGGUUAAGCAUUGUUAUGGUCCUGUCUGUAUAAGCUACUGGACAGGAUUGGGGUCAAUUUGAAUUGCUCGGUCAAUUCAGGAAUUAAACUGAAAUUCCAAUAGAAAAAAUUCCAAUUUAUUCUCAAUGAUUUUCCAAUAAAUGGAAAAGGAGAAGCUAUUUAUUUCAAAAGCUUGUGAAGUUUUGAAUUUAUAUUCAAAUUACUUCCUGUAUUGAGUAUUGAGUGACUUCAAUUGGAAUUGAACCCAACCCUGCUAUUGGACCACUACCAAGGGAUCAGGCAAUUAGACAACUGAAUUUGUAUUAUCCUUCUAAUGAAACAACAAAAAAACGUAUUGUGUAACGUCAUUAAAAUGUAUGCACUCACUAACUAACUGUAAGUCGCUCUGGAUAAGAGCGUCUGCUAAAAUGACUAAAAUGUAAAUGUAAAUUAACACAUUCAAAUAAAGUACCCCACUGAGAA